ACAGGUAUGGAGGUCGUAAGGGGCCGCGAAGCUUUGGACGCCGGUCCCUGUCGUGCGUUCUUCUCCCCUCCUCGUCGCCUCCUCUCGCUUCACUUCCACCUCCUCCUCCUCGCUCUUGCUAUAUUAUUUUGCAGCCAUAAUGUCGUCGCGCGUCGCCCAUGUCCUUCCUUCAUCUCCAGCUCACUCUCUAAUAAAUCUCUUUUAAAGCACCGGUUCACGCUGCGUCCCCUCUGCUUCGUCAAGACACGCAUCUCCUCCUCCCCCCUUCCCAAGCUCCCACUCACAAGUUCAUUCCCUCUCUUCGCCGCAACUGACCAAAACAAGAAGGAAAGCCCAGCUGAGAAAAAUACAGGGAAUGAAGCUGGCGAACUAAGAAAACUGCUUACGAACGACACGAAAGAAAAACCUCUGCUUGUCUACCUGACCCUAAUUUCCAUCGCCCUCCUUGCCCUGGGGGUUGGCACGUACGAAUUCGGUGGUCCACUUCUAGGUCUCGGCUUCAGCGACGACAGCAAUUUCUACUUCGACGCCGCUCCUUCCUACGCGUUGCUCCUCGUGUACCCGCCCCUCUUCCUCUUCUUCCCCGAAGCCCGGAACCUCCUUCUCAAGACUUUGGUGGUCUCCUUCCUCAUCACACUGCCCAUCUACUUCUUCCCUUACCACGUCCUGGGCUGGGAGCCCACGAACGAGCACGUAUUGAUCACGGUGGCCGUUCCGAUCCUCUCCUACCUCACCUUCUUCUCCUGGCGGGCCACGGCGGCGUACAUGGAGAUCGUGGAGGAGGAAGGGAAGGAGGGAAAAGAACUGUAG